AAAAAAAAAAAAAAGAAUCUGUGACAGAGGUGGUCAGGAAGCCCCACUGGAAAAGAGAGCCAAGCAGGGCACUGGGCACUUCUGGCCUGUACCAAGCCCUGGCUUCAACCCACAGGCCUCAGCUUCCCUGGCUCCUCCUCCUCCUCCUCCACCCCGCCCCACACGCACUUAAUACGUCUGGCACCCAGUCCACCUGCCUCGGACUUUGGCCUCAGUGGUAGCUAGUGUGGGAGCCUGGGAAGCCCUGGAGCAAAGUUUCUCAAGCAAAGCAAAAGAAGAAACUUCAGGUGUUGUAGUGCCUGCUAGCUUUCCCCUGAGAAGCCUCGGCUGCCACCUGCAGGUCACGUGGGGUCCGGCCAUGUGGCUGCCUCUGCUUCUGGGAGUCUCGCUCUGGGCAGCACUGUGGUUGCUCAGGGACCGGCAGAGCCUGCCCGCCAGCGAUGCUUUCGUCUUUGUCACCGGCUGUGACUCGGGCUUUGGGCGGCUUCUGGCACUGAGGCUGGACCAGAGAGGCUUCCGAGUCCUGGCCAGCUGCCUGACCCCCUCAGGGGCAGAGGACCUCGAGCGGGUGGCCUCCUCCCGACUCCACACCACCCUGCUGGAUGUCACAGAUCCCCAGAGCGUCCGGCAGGCAGCCAAGUGGGUGGAAACACACGUCGGGGAAGCAGGGCUUUUUGGUCUGGUGAAUAAUGCUGGCACGGCUGGCAUCAUCGGGCCCACACCUUGGCAGACACAGGAGGAUUUCCAGCGGGUGCUGAAUGUGAACACACUGGGUCCCAUCGGGGUCACCCUCGCCCUGCUGCCCCUGCUGCGGCAGGCCCAGGGCCGGGUGAUCAACAUCACCAGUGUCCUGGGCCGCCUGGCAGCCAGUGGAGGGGGCUACUGUGUCUCCAAGUUUGGCCUGGAGGCGUUCUCUGACAGCCUGAGGCGGGACGUGGCUCCUUUUGGGGUACGAGUCUCUAUCGUGGAGCCUGGCUUCUUCAGAACCCCUGUGACAAACCUGGAAAGUCUGGAGGACAACCUGCAGGCCUGCUGGGCACGGCUGCCUCCAGCCACACAGGCCCUCUAUGGGGAGACCUUCCUCACCAAGUAUCUGAGAGUGCAGCAGCGCAUCAUGAACCUGAUCUGUGACCCGGACCUGACCAAGGUGAGCAGGUGCCUGGAGCAUGCCCUGACUGCCCGUCACCCCAGAACCCGCUACAGCCCAGGCUGGGACGCCAAGCUGCUCUGGCUGCCAGCCUCCUACCUGCCAGCCAGCCUGGUGGAUGCUGUGCUCACCUGGGUCCUUCCCAAGCCUGCUCAGGCGGUCUACUGAACCCAGCUCUCCAGCAAGAGGUUGUUGUUCAAGGGGACACGGGUUAGAGCCCUGGUCCGGGAAGAUCCCACAUGCCACGGAGCAACUAAGCCCAUGCACCACAACUACUGAGCCUGCGCUCUAGAGCCCGCGAGCCACAACUACUGAGCCCACGUGCCACAACUACUGAAGCCCGGGCACCUAGAGCACAUGCUCUGCAACACUAGAAGCCAUGACAAUGAGAAGCCCGCACACCGCAAUGAAGAAUAGCCCCCGCUCGCCACAACUAGAGAAAGCCCGCACGCAGCAACAAAGACCCAACAGAGCCAAAAAUAAAAAAUUAAUUAAUUAAAA